AUGGCUAGCAUCUUCAGCAACCGUCUCAAAUUGCCGCUUCAUCUCGUGGAGCUACUCUUGAUCGUCUCAGUGCUGAUCUUGUCGGUCAUACGAAUGCUGAAACAGCCAAAGAAUGCCCCCAGAGGCCGCUCAAAUACUAUGGCGCUGGGGAUGAGCGCAAAAUCUCUCGUCAUUUUGUUCUACCAACUGUUAUCGGAACAUGUGCAAGCAUUCAAAAAAUGGUCCAGUGUUAAGGCCUAUGUUGUACUCAACGCACUUGAGAUCGUGUUUUGGGCUGCAGUUGCGUUUAUGAUGAUCCAAGCCAAUCUCAAGUUCUGCGAAGGAUUUACUUGCAUACUCAGCUGGGUGGUUUGUGUUCUCGGCAUAGUCAUGAGCACAAUUGCCUCUUACCUUACUGUCAUCACCUGGUUAGACUUCAGGCACUUCCGUGUUCACGGAACCCACCGCGGACGACAUUUUGAAGCCCAUCAUGUCAAGUUACAGUCAACCGGUAACUCGACCGACAACAUUAUUACCGAGCCUACGAAUCAGGCCGUGCCUAUGAUUCACGCUCCCCGUCGCCGUGGCGGCAGCGUGAUCAAAUGGCGUAACAUGCGAUCGCGCCUGGCACGAUAA